AUGCCGAGAUCAUGGGCACCAUUAGUCGAAUUCAUCGUUCGGACAUACUUUGACAUGCCGAUCGCUAUGCAGUUGACUGCAUAUAAUGGUCCUUUAGUGUUAAUCAGACGUACUCAAGAUGAAAUGAUCAUAACGACAGAGGGUACAAGUGAAGAACGUCUUGCUACAAAUCGUGCUAACAAUUUACUAAAAUCAAUCCUUCGUGCACGACAUCCUAAUCUGAUAAAUGAUGACGAUGCAGAACUAGCAGUAGAUGUUUGGUUAGCAGCAACACCGUUAGAACGAAUAUCAUUAACUAAGGACUGCCCAAAAACUUUAGCAAUGGGUAAUAUUGAGAAUUUAACCAAACAAAACCGGAAUAUCUUGAUACAUUGUCUGUGCUCAAAGUAUUUAGUAGAUUUUGAUUCCAGUCACAAUACUCCUCUUGAUCUAUCAUUAUUCACAAUACCAUCAUCAUUUUAG